CAGGAGCUCGUCUGCAAUCAAGGCACUGGUUUAUACAGUGGAUUUUCAGGAUUCUUGCAUCUGUUUCAUUAGAAGUGCAAACUAGACCAAAAGAAGCCAUUGGUCUCACAGUUUGAGGAUCCAAGAAGUAUUUACACCAGGAGGUGAAAGCUCCGCGUGAACCGACAGGGACUAUGGCAUCAAACAGCCUGUUCAGCUCAGUGACACCAUGUCAGCAAAACUUCUUUUGGGAUCCCAGCACCAGCCGGAGGUUCAGCCCCCCCUCCAGCAGCCUGCAGCCCGGCAAGAUGAGCGAGGUCAGCCCGGUGGUGGUCGCCCAGCAGCAGCAGCAGCAGCAGCAGCAGCAGGACGCGGCGGCCGCCGUGCCCCGGCUGCGCCCCCACGAUAACCGCACCAUGGUGGAGAUCAUCGCUGACCACCCCGCCGAGCUGGUCCGCACCGACAGCCCCAACUUCCUCUGCUCCGUCCUGCCCUCGCACUGGCGCUGCAACAAGACCCUCCCGGUGGCGUUCAAGGUGGUGGCCUUAGGAGAAGUGCCCGAUGGGACAGUGGUCACUGUCAUGGCUGGAAACGAUGAGAACUACUCUGCAGAGCUGCGAAACGCGUCUGCCGUGAUGAAGAACCAGGUGGCCAGAUUUAAUGACUUACGAUUUGUGGGCAGAAGUGGAAGAGGGAAGAGCUUUACUUUGACAAUAACUGUCCUGACAAAUCCCCCCCAAGUCGCUACAUACCACAGAGCUAUAAAGGUUACAGUGGAUGGGCCAAGAGAGCCUAGAAGGCACAGACAGAAGCUUGAUGACUCUAAACCUAGUUUGUUCUCUGAACGCCUCAGUGAUUUAGGGCGCAUUCCUCAUCCCAGUAUGAGAGUAGGGGUCCCGACCCAGAGCCCACGGCCCUCUCUGAACUCUGCACCAAGUCCUUUUAAUCCACAAGGACAGAGUCAGAUUACAGACCCCAGGCAGGCGCAGUCAUCCCCGCCAUGGUCCUAUGACCAGUCUUACCCAUCCUACUUGAGCCAGAUGACUUCACCGUCCAUUCACUCCACAACUCCCCUGUCCUCCACUCGAGGCACAGGACUUCCAGCCAUUACCGAUGUGCCCAGACGCCUCUCAGAUUCAGAUCCUUGCACGCCUGAUGCUCCACCUGCUGCCACUUCACCACCAACCUCUGAAGAACCCGGACCUUUCACAGCUCCAGCAUCACCCUGCUCUUCCUCUGACACUGGUACUGCAUCAUUUUCACCACCAUUACCUGCCUGUGUCGCAGCCUUAUGUCCCAAACCACCUCCUAUUUCACCAUCAACAUCCACUUCUGCUGCCACUGUUCUCCCUGGACUUCCUUCUCUUCCUGCACCACCUGCCUCUGCUCCAUCCCUGCACCCUGGAAUUUAUUUGCCAAUAGUCCCACCCAGUGGUGCCACCCAUCUCAUCAACUGGCUGCCCUUCCUCGCUUCAGCAACACUUGCCACCAUCCAAGGGAAGGAGGAAGACCAGCCACCCGUAAGAACAGGCUCCCUGGAAGGCAUGAAGCCCUGCAGCAGCCCACCCCCACAGCCCUCCCAUGAUGAGAAUCCCCAGGCAGCACCUGUGGGAAACAGUGCUCCGGGGGCUGCUUCCCCACCACCAGCUGUCCAUACCAUGCCCCCAAGCUCCGAGCAGGCGUCGGCGAAUGUGAGCGACAUCCUGGCCGAGCUGCGGACGAUGAACAGCCACCUCUCCACCAUCGCCCGAGCCCUGACCCAGCUGGCAUCGUCCCUGGCACCGCAGCAGGAUGCACGUGGCACCCCCCCUCCUUAGGGCCAGGUCUGCACAGGCUUACCAUGCUCAUAGGGGCUGGAGGAAAGGGACCCUACCCAGACCUGCCCAUACCAUCUGUGUGUGCGCUCUCUGCGGUC